AUGCUUCAUAGAUCAAUUACACGGAGCACAACUUAUAAGCUUCUAACUAAAGCCACAAGGCCAAGCGCUAGAAGCCUUUCAGUCAGUUCAAGAGUGCUUCAAAGUGAAUAUGAUGCCUAUGUCCCCCACAAACCUCCACAACAUAGAAUGCCUGUCCAGGAAUCUAUAAACAAUCCACUAGGAACUUAUCAGCCAACCACAAUAACUGAAGAAUUGAAAACUACUAGUGAUGAUGUUAAUUUGGAUCCUGGUGCUCAAAACACAAAGAUUAGACAUUUUACUGUUAAUUUUGGACCACAACAUCCUGCUGCUCAUGGUGUCUUGAGAUUGAUUUUGGAAUUGCAAGGUGAAGAAAUUAUCAGAGCGGAUCCUCAUAUUGGAUUAUUGCAUAGAGCUACAGAAAAAUUGAUUGAAAGUAAGACUUAUUUGCAAGCUUUACCAUAUUUUGAUCGUUUGGAUUAUGUUUCCAUGAUGACCAAUGAGUUAUCAUUCGCUUUAGCUACCGAAAAGUUAUUGAAUGUUGAGAUCCCUUUGAGAGCUAAGUACAUUAGAACUUUAUUUGGUGAAAUUACAAGAGUUUUGAAUCAUUUAAUGUCUGUUUUGUCACACGCGAUGGAUGUUGGUGCUUUAACUCCAUUUUUAUGGGGGUUUGAAGAACGUGAAAAAUUGAUGGAAUUUUAUGAAAGAGUUUCAGGAGCAAGAUUACAUGCUGCCUACUUCAGACCAGGUGGUGUUUCUCAAGAUUUACCAGAAGGGUUGUUAGAUGAUAUUUACAUGUGGGCUACACAAUUUGGUGAUCGUAUUGAUGAAACUGAAGAAUUAUUAACUGAUAACAGAAUCUGGAAACAAAGAACCAUUGGAGUUGGUAAAUUGACUGCCGAAGAAGCUCAAAACUAUGGUUGCUCAGGUGUCAUGUUGAGAGGUUCAGGUGUUCCUUAUGAUAUUCGUAAAGCUCAGCCAUAUGAUGCAUAUGAUAAAGUUGACUUUGAUAUUCCAGUUGGUUUAAAUGGGGACUGUUAUGAUCGUUAUUUGGUUCGUAUGGCAGAAUUUAGACAAUCAUUGAGAAUUAUUGAACAAUGUUGUAACGAUAUGCCUGCAGGUAGUGUCAAAGUUGAAGAUUAUAAAAUCUCACCACCACCAAGAAGUUUGAUGAAAGAAGAUAUGGAGGCUUUGAUUCAUCAUUUCUUAUUAUUUACUAAAGGUUAUGCAGUCCCACAAGGUGAAGCUUAUGUCCCAAUUGAAGCUCCAAAAGGUGAAAUGGGUGUUUAUUUAGUCAGUGAUGGAUCUGAAAGACCAUAUAAAUGUAAGAUUAGAACUCCAGGUUUUGCUCAUUUGGGUGCAUUCGAUCAUAUUGCAAGAGGUAACUUUUUAGCAGAUGCGGUUGCUAUUAUUGGUACUAUGGAUCUUGUCUUUGGUGAAGUUGAUCGUUGA